AUGGCAGCCACCGCGCAGUACCUGCCGCGCUCCGCAGCGCUGAUGCACCCCGACGGAGACCGCCUGCACCAGGGCACCACGUACCGCGAGGUGCAGAAGAUGAUGCACCACGAGUACCUGCAGGGCUUAGCGCCCGCCGCCGGGCACGCCGUGGGGCUGGCGCAUCACCAGUGGCUGCCCAGCGCCGGCACGGAUUGGGGCAGCGGCGGGGGCGGCGGGGGUCCGCACCUCCCGCCCGCCGAGCACGGCAAAGGCGGCCCGCCGGGGUCCCGCGAAGAGCUGGCCGCCGCUUUCCAUCACCGGCCGCACCUCGUGCACCAAGGGGCGGCGGGCGGCGCGGCGGGAGGGUGGGCGCAGGGCGCCGCGCAUCACCUGCCGCCCAUGUCCCCGCCGUCGGGACAGCCCCUGCUCUACGCGCAGCCUUACGCGGGCCUCAACGGGAUGCUGGGCCCGCCGGCCCCCGCGCUGCACCACGGGCUGCGCGACCCGCUGGGCGCCGAGGAGGCGGGGGGCCACGAACUGGCGGCUUCCCCGCCGCCGCUGGGGCCGCCCGAGCCGUCGGACGAGGACGCGCCGAGCUCCGACGACCUGGAGCAGUUCGCCAAGCAGUUCAAGCAGCGGCGGAUCAAGCUGGGCUUCACCCAGGCCGACGUGGGGCUGGCGCUGGGCACCCUGUACGGGAACGUCUUCUCGCAGACCACCAUCUGCCGGUUCGAGGCGCUGCAGCUGAGCUUCAAGAACAUGUGCAAGCUGAAGCCGCUGCUCAACAAGUGGCUGGAGGAGACGGACUCCAGCACGGGCAGCCCCACCAACCUGGACAAGAUCGCGGCGCAGGGUCGGAAGCGCAAGAAGCGCACCUCCAUCGAGGUGGGCGUCAAGGGCGCCCUGGAAAACCACUUCCUCAAGUGCCCCAAGCCCUCGGCACACGAGAUCACCUCCCUGGCGGACUCCCUGCAGCUGGAGAAGGAGGUGGUGCGGGUCUGGUUCUGCAACCGGCGGCAGAAGGAGAAGCGCAUGACGCCGGCCGGGGUCCCGCACCCCCCCAUGGAGGACGUUUACGCACAGGCGGACGCUUCGCCGCUGCACCACGCGCUGCCCGGGGCCGUGCAGUGACCGGCGACCCCGACGGCGCGGGCGGCGGGAUCCGCGCUUUAAUUUAUUCCUCAGACUGGCCCGGCCGCCCCGCUCCGCUCCGCGCCCGCGCUGUAUUUAUUCG